AUGCGCAUGUCGGUCGCCCUGCUGCGGGAUCCCGAAGCCGAGCGGCGGGCCAAGGAGCGCGCCGAGGCGCCGACCGUCAAGACGGAGGAGCAGCACAAGCGCGACGAGGCGGCCAGGGAAAAGGCCACCGCGAAGGAAAAGGUCCCUUCUGCUAUCAAAACGGAGCACCUUGCCUCCUCCUCGUCCGCCUCCUCGUCCUCAUCCUCUCCGUCGUCGUCAUCGACGACGUCGUCGUCGUCCUCCACCUCAUCAUCCCAAAAGCGCAAAGGAGGGUUCCCCUUCCAAAACGUCUGGAGGCGCAAGUUUCGCCCGCUCCCCGAGGCCAAGGCCGUGGACCUCUUCGCCGACGUCAUCGGCGACGCCUUCAUCCUGGCCGUCGCCGGCGGGCUCAUCAUCUACGAGACGUGGAAGGCGGCGCGCAAGCCCGACGCCAACAAGGAGCGCAUCGACGAGCUCGACCGCCGCCUCGAGGAGCUCCGGCUGCGCGAGGACGAGCUCGCCGAGGCGGAGCGCAGCCGCCAGCAGCGGUACGACGCCCUCGAGGAGGCGCUGCGGGCGCUCCAGGACCCCAAGACGAAAAAGCCCUUGCUGCCGCCGCCGCCGCCAUCGCCGAGCCCGCGGGCGGCAUGA